AUGGAGGAACUCGAUGCAGAGAUCUCCUCUGUGAGAGCAGAAAUCGAAAACCUCCGCAAGCGCAAACGCUUCUUGACAUCCAGCCUGCUCUCCUCCGAACCCAUCCAGACGCGCCUCGCCUCGGCAAAACAAGCAGCAGCAUCAUCUGCUGUAGAAUUGGAUGUCUCCCCCCUCAUCGAGACAGCAGAUGCCCAUGUCUCGGUGAACCACCACCGCAUCGCCUUCUCCACCACGACGUUCCCCUUCCACGACCCCUCCCCGCACGCAGACGACGCGUCCCUGCUCGGCGUGCGGAUCGACAUCUGUCGACGGACCGGCCACUUCACGAAACCAUACUAUAUCCUCCUGAAACGGGAGGGAAAUAAGAAGGACACCACCAACCGUGUGGGAAAACGGAAUCGAGACCCCCCCCGUCUCCGUGUUCACAGACAUACCAUCCCGGCGUUUAUUCCUCUCGACUCCCUCGCAGAGAUAUAUCUCCCAUCCCAAGCAGCGCAUCAUAAAUCCUCCCGCGAGGAUAGUGACGAAGAAGAGCUCAAACCCCCGCAGACAAGGAAACAGGAUCUCCCCGCCUUUGUGCGUGAGAUCCGUCGGGAACUCGUCGCGUGGCAUUUACGACUUGACGCCGUUGAGUUUCUAAAGGAGGAGCUAGCCAAACACACCGAAUCCAUUCCCGCAGAGAGUGAAGGCGAGAGAAUUGUUUCCCUGGCCGCCACGGCGUUGGAGGCUCGGUAUAUCCGUUUGGAAUGGGCGGAUGGGCGCGUCGGCCGGUUCAAGGUCUCGGAUUCGGGACGGGUCGAGCGGGCGGUCGUCAUUGGAGACUCGGGGAGAGAUAAAGCGCUUGAAUAUGCUUUGACCGGGGGGGAUGCCAGGGUGGAGAGUGUUUUAAAUCGGUUGUUGGAUACAGUUGUUAAAUAA